AUGACUUCAUCUCCCAAUCAAACAAAUACAGAGUCAACACUCGUCAUUAGGGGUGCUGUUAACAUCAGCAGCAUUUUCUACGAAGAGGCAAAUCCAUCUUGGGCGAAAAUAGAAUCUCUACACGAAGGCAGUGUUGCCGUCCAAGAACAUUUCAAGAGGCAGCUGAAAGUCCAUUCUAGUAUUCGAACUCUUCGCCUAUUUUCGCCUUUGUUAGCGGACUGCGUGGCUGCGCUCUGCUCUGUUGACGCUAGCUUUUCAGGCACAUCAAGCUUCUCGGUCUGCAAAGACACUCAGUUUCACCUAGCGUCAGAUAAUGCGUCGGGUGGAGCUGCCGUUGCGGCCAGGAGGAGUCUGUCGCCAAGUCUCCAGCAAAGACACAGUCCUGUCAGAGAUCCAAUGUUUGGAUGA